UUAAUUUAAUUAUUAAAAACUAUAAGAAGGGAGUUUGAAUGGAUAACAAUAUUAAUAAUUUAUUUUGCUAAAAAUUAGAAAGUAAACAAACUAAUUUACUAAAAAUUAAUUUCAAACAUAAUGAAUAAGCUAAAACUUGGAACUUCUUAAAGUGCUAGCGUCCUCAACGACUCUAGUUAAUAAAAUAGAUUUAAUGGAAUAUCACCUAUUUUAGAAAGAAAACAAAAUAAAUCGAUUACUGAUAAGGCGUUAGCAUUUGAAGAAGAUAGAAUUUAAAAAAUUAACUCUGUUUAUAAUAAGUAACUGAUCGCAAAAAAAAUGAAUAAGAUUAUGAAUGAAAGAUCUAGAGAAACUGAUUUAAAUAGAGGGUUACUUGUGAGCGCUGAUUUCAAAGUUAAUAAUCCUAAUGGAUUCACAGUUUCUUCUAGUGAUACUGUAGAAAUCAAAAGCAUUAUUAAAAAUUUGAAGGAAGAAGGAACUCUUCCAAGGGUUAAAAAAUUUGAUGAAGAUUUAAAAUUUACCAAAUCGAAUCAACAAUUUAAUAACAUUACAGCAACUGAACAUAAACCUUAAUUUUCUUAGAUGUCUAAUCCUUAUGCAAAGAAUAUCCAAGAUUUUAAAAAAAUGAAGUCUGUUUAAUAAUAAAACAUCCAAAAGAUAAACGAUAAUAUAUAGAGACUAGCAAUGCUAUAAGACAAUCUAAAAAAGGGAAACUUAGAAUUCUUAGGCAAUACAAAUAAUAGAUAACCUUCUGCCAAAUAAAAUAAUAUUGUGCCAGUAGCCUCAGAAAAGUCAAUUAGAUAAGAAAAGAAUAUGAAUUAAUAAAAUUUAAAUUAGCAUUAAUUAUUUUCUUAAUAACAAAAUCACUAAAACUAGUAGCAGCUAUAUUAUUAAUAAAGUAGUUAAAAUAUUAGCAAUUAAAAUUAAUUAAAUGCAUCAAUUUAAUAAUCCCUUCUGCCAUAACUUUCCUAUAAAAAAUAUCCUUCUGAGAUAAUAAAGCCUUAUCUCUCUAAAUAAAACUUAAAAGUAUAAAUCAAUAAACAAAAGGCUGCUGUUCUUAUAAACAAUGUGAAUUAACUAGAAAAUAAAAUUAGAUGUUAGUCCUCAACAUUUAUCCCAUUUCCAAAAGAUGGCUAUUUGCAAUAGUUCUAGAAAGACUUAUAAAAAUAAAAUCCCAACCAAAAAAAAUCCUACCAGUCACCAAAUAAUGCAAUAAAGGGAGAUUAGUUAAAUUUCAAAAAUAAUUUUAAAGAAAUAAUUGCUUUAAGCGAAGAAGAGACAAAGCUUUAUGGAUCAAGAUGUCCUUAGGGGUAUGAAAAAAUAGAAAUCUUAGGAAAAGGAGGGUUCUCUGUUGUUUGGUUGUGUAAAAGCUCAAAAACACAGUAAAAAGUGGCAGUAAAAUAAAUAGUCAACAAGAAUAACUAAGAAUCUAUUCAAAGAGAGCUUAAGCUUCUACAAAAUUUCUAUAAUGAUGAUGGUUAACCAAAAGCUUAAUAUUAAAAUGAUUAGAGAUUAAAAAACCUUAUUGGUUUAGUUGAAGUUAUCAAAGACUCUAAAGACACUUGGAUAAUAUUUGAGUUAGGUGGAUCAACAUCAGCUAAGCUAUUUUAUGGAUUGAAUGGGGAUUUUCAUAAUAAUGAGAGAAUUUAUAAAAUUAAUUUUUAGCAAUCAUAUUAUGAUUUCAUUUAACUUGAAAACAAUCUAAUGGCUUAGUUUAUAUAUAAAGUUGCUUCUGCUCUUUCUCUUUUAAGUGAGAAUAAACUUAUACAUUGUGACAUUAAGCCAGAAAAUAUUUUAAUUAAUUAUAAAUCUGAAGGAAAUUAAAAAUUCAAUCUAGAGUAAGUUGCCUUGAUUGAUUUUGGAUCUGUAGUUAGUUAUCAUGAAAAGGGUACAAUAAAUUUAGCAACUAUAGAAUACAUGCCUCCUGAAGUAAUUAACUAAAUUAUCAACGAAAACAAUCGCAUUAAAAAUAAUAAUCACACUAUGAUUUAAAACUUGUAAGGGUCUUUAGACACAAUAGAUGUUUGGUCUUUUGGAGCUUCCCUUCUUGAAUUGUUAACUGGAUUGCCUUAGUGGUUGAGCUAUAAAUGUAGAGUUUCAUACAAAGAAAAAACAGUUAUCAAGACAGGGAUAUUUUCAAUUAGAAAUCAAGACUUUGAGAAGCUCUUGCAAAAAUAAAAAGCUAUAAAUGAAAUACUACCAGCAUAUUUAACAAACAUAUUAUCUUAAUUUGAUAAUUAGGAAAAAGGAGAACUUCUAUUAGAUUUAAUUAUUUAAAUGCUUAAGAUUAAUCCACAAGAAAGAAUUAAAUCCCACGAAAUAUUAAAACAUCCUUUUAUAAACAGUAAAUGUUCUUAGUCUUAAAUUGAUAAGUGCAGAGCAAAUGUUUAGGAAAUGUUAAAUAAAGAAGAUAAUUAAAAUUUAGGCUAAUUAUCUGAUAAUCCUAAUUAAUUUAAGAAUCUUUUAAAUCAGAAUAAAGAAAAUUUAAUACCAUAAUUAUCAAACUACGCUGAUACAAAUAAUAGUAAAUCUAGAAGUUAGUCUUUAGAAAAUAUUCCUGACUCAACAAAAUACUACUACGACAAAAAAUUUGUCAUAAAGAGCUUAAAUAAAAAAAGCUUUCAUGAUCUAUCAUCGAUUACAAAAAACGAGAGAAAUAAAAGCAGCAUAUUAAUAAAUUAAGACUAUCAAAUUAAAUGUGGUGAAAAUUCGAUAUAUAGUCCAAACAUAUCAAUUUAAGAAAUAGAAGCUCCUCACAUUUAAUAAAAUUAAUUUUCUCCUCAAAAAUUAGCAAAUUGA